AUGGUGAUGAUGUUGGUUAGGCAGAGCAAGAGGAAUCCAUCACGAACAACUUGUCUGUGGCCAGUCAGCAGCGAGCAAUUGGAAAGGAGUGGGGCGCAGCUUUGUACAGCGCUGUGUUCCCGCUACGCCGGUGUCGCUGCGGUUCAUCUCCGGCCCAACCAAAGUUGCAGCUCAACACCCCCGAACUUUUUGGGGCGGAUUGGAAUUCGGGAAGUCAUCACCAAACUGGCGCACCACCACAUUUCAGCAACAAUGUCCUCUGCCGCUCGAGUCCUCCGCGCCACCCGGCCCAUUGCCCGCCAGCAAUUCGCCCAGCAGUCCCAGCAGCGUCUGUUCUCGCAGCACGCCCAGACGAUCCGCGCGCGCUUCCAGCAGCAGCAGAAGAAGCAGAAUGGCCGCAGAUGGCAGAGCACCGCCGAGGGCCAGCAGCAGCAGCAGAGCUGGUUCAAGCGUGCCUGGGAGAGCGAGGUCGGCAUCAAGACGGUGCACUUCUGGGCUCCUGUCAUGAAGUGGGCUCUUGUCCUUGCUGGCAUCUCCGACUUUGCUCGCCCCGUCGAGAAGCUCUCUCUUACUCAGAACUUUGCGCUGACCUGCACCGGUCUCAUCUGGACCCGUUGGUGCCUGAUUAUCAAGCCCAAGAACUACCUUCUCGCCGCUGUCAACUUCUUCCUUGGUCUCGUUGGCCUCGUCCAGCUCGGCCGUAUCGCUACCCACAAGCCCUCGACCACCACGGAGGCUGUUGUCGACGCUGUUGAAGAGGUCAAGGAGGAGAUUAAGGAAAAGGUCAAGGCUUAAGCAGAUGCAGAUUGAUCUGGUGGCAUAGUAGUAGGAUAUGUUUUUUUGUACAAGUAACCGGUUCAUUCCGAUAAUGAAUAUUCUUUCACAUAAUAACUUUAAUAUGUAGCGUUCAAACUAACUGUCAUUAAG